UUCAACUCCUACACCAAUACACCAAUACCCUAACAGGCAACAAGCUGGGUGGGGGACGGCAUCGGCACAGCCGACGGCGUGUGGAGAAGAGGAUUUCAUAAGGGGAGCUCGUGGAAAGCAGGUAUCAACGAGACCAGCGGCGUGUGAAGGAGAAGAUAUGUUCUUGAAGGGAACCUGCUGGCGGUAGAGACGCCGCGGAUUUAAGUUGAAUCCGUUGAAUUCAGUGAUUUAACAGAUCCGGGAUUUGAGGUAUAACGAGGGAGAAACGGGAUUUAAGAUUCUGCAGGAGUUAAGUCCUCCAUUGGCGAUCUGAUUGACUGCCAAGAGAUUUGAUCGGACAAUGGCUAGAGGAAACGAGGUCUCGCCGAUGGAGGUCGACGAGGGAAAACCAGCAGCGAACAAUCCUAAGUUCUCGAUCAAUGUGCUGCAACUUCUGAAAUCCGCUCAGAUGCAGCACGGUUUGAGGCAUCGGGACUACACCCGCUAUCGGAGAUAUUGCACUGCACGGCUGAGAAGGCUAUACAAAUCAUUGAAGUUCACACAUGGUCGUGGAAAAUAUGUAAAGAAAGCUAUUACUGAGUCCACCAUCACAGAAGUGAGGUUUCUUCAUAUACUACUCUAUAUGGCAGAAAGGGCAUGGAGCCAUGCAAUGGAAAAGAGGCAUUUGCCUGAUGGACCAAAUUCACGACAACGCAUUUACUUGCUCGGUAAACUAAGGAAGGCAGUAAAGUGGGCUGUACUGUUUUCACAAUUGUGUUCCGCAAAAGGAGAUUCUAGAACAUCUUUAGAAGCUGAGGCAUAUGCUUCGUAUAUGAAAGGAACACUAUUGUUUGAACAGGAUCAAAAUUGGAAAAUUGCAUUGAUGAAUUUCAGAAAAGCCAGGGAUGUAUAUGAGGAACUUGGGAAAUAUGGCAGCAUAGAAAAUCAGAUUUUGUGUCGUGAGCGAGUUGAAGAGUUGGAGCCAAGUAUUAGGUACUGUCUGCACAAAGUUGGUGAAUCAGACUUACAGACGUCUGAACUAAUGGAUAUUGGGGAUGUUGAGGGGCCUGCUUUGGACCUUUUUAAAGCUAAAUUAGAGGCUGUUAUGGCUGAAGCAAGAUCCCAGCAGGCAGCUUCUAUGACAGAGUUUUACUGGCUCGGGCAUAGGUUUCCUAUCAAUAAUGCAAAGACCCGCGUCUCCAUAUUGAAAGCUCAGGAACUGGAGAAAGAAUUACAUGGUCCAGCAGCAGAUACUCUUCCAGCGGAAAAGAAAUUAUCCAUGUUUGAUAAAAUUUUUUCUGCAUACCAUGAAGCAAGAGCUUGCAUUCGGAGUGACUUGGCUUCUGCAGGGAAUGCAGACAAUGUAAAAAUUGAUUUGAAUGGCCUUGAUAAGGCUGUUAGUGCUUCUUUGGGGCAGCGCACCAUAGAGCGCAACCAAGUACUGAUUUCUAUUGCAAAAGCCAAGUUUACAAAGCAGAAAGAUGAGAAAGGGGAGAAAAUCACAAAACCAGAGGAGCUUGUUCGGCUUUAUGAUCUUCAAAUGCAGAAUUCAACCGAUUUAUAUGAUUUGGUAAGCUCUCAAAGAAAUAUGAACCACGAAGAAGAGUUAUUUGUGAAGGAUUAUGAACUCAAGGGUUUGGCUUUCCGGGCGGAAAGGUGCUUUUACCUGGCGAAGUCUUACAGUUUUGCUGGCAAAAGGGCUGAAGCCUAUGCCUUAUUUCGACAUGCUCGAAAUCUUGCAGAUGAGGUUCUAAAGAAACUACAAAUGGCAAUUAAUCCUGAUCAGGCCCUAAUCAAGGAUCUUAAGACAUUGUCUGAGAGCUGUAGAUCGAACAGCUGCAUCGAGCAUGCAACAGCGAUCAUGGAGGACGAAAAAAUCACAAAAAAGCUUUCCAAAGAUGUCUCAACUAUAUCAUUAACAGGACCAGAGAAGAAGGAAGAGAAGUUUCUCCUUGAAAAGCUUGAUGUCUAUGAAUCGGCAAUCGGCGAGCCAAGCACGAAGUCUGGUCCUUGGAUUGAGAGAUUUCCUCCUCCAUUCCAAGCAGUUCCUUGUAAUCCUAUUGUCCUUGAUAUUGCCUAUAGUUCUAUUGAAUUCCCAUCUUUGGAGAACAGGAUGAAGAAAGAUAAGAAAGGCAUCUUCAGCAGGUUGUGGGGAUGAGAAUGGAGGUUUUUUAUACAAUUUAAAUUUCUCUAGAAAUGUAUGUUGAUUCCUUUGCUUCAUUCUGAGAAAAAAGAGUGAUUUUUUUCGUUUAUUGAUUUGUUUUUUUAGCUAUUUGGAUUGUGAGACGAGCUCCAUUUUGUUUUGUUGUACAAUGAGAUCUAAAUGUCUGAGAGGCUCAUUUCAUCAAA